CAGAAAAAAACGAAUCGAAGUGAAGUGUUGUGUAUUUAGGUUGCGGUGAGUUUUCUUGUUUUGUUGACAAAAAUAAAAUUAAAUAUUUAAAAACUUUACUUGCCAAGUUAUUAAUUUGGAUAUAAUACUCAUUUAAUAGUUUUUAUUUAAGAUGGGAGUACCCGCAUUUUUCCGCUGGCUGAGUAAGAAGUAUCCUUCAAUAGUUGUCCAUUGUGUUGAAGAAAAAGGUAAAAUUAUUGAUGGAGUUAAAAUUCCAAAUGACUCUUCUCAACCAAAUCCCAAUGAUGUGGAAUUUGAUAAUUUAUAUUUAGAUAUGAAUGGUAUUAUUCAUCCUUGUUGCCAUCCUGAGAACAAAGCUGCUCCAAAAGAUGAGGAAGAAAUGAUGAUUGCUAUUUUUGAGUACAUUGACAGAAUAUUUAACAUUGUUAGACCUAGACGCCUACUCUACAUGGCUAUAGAUGGUGUAGCUCCACGUGCUAAAAUGAACCAACAAAGAUCGAGACGUUUUCGUGCUGCUAAGGAAACAACAGAAAAAGUAGACUUGAUUGCUCGUUUGCGAGAGGAAUUAGCAGACAAGGGUAUUUCACUACCUCCAGCAAAGCCUAAAGAAGAACAUUUUGAUAGUAAUUGUAUAACCCCAGGAACACCUUUUAUGGCACGUCUUGCCAAGUGCCUUCACUAUUACAUUCAUGACAGAUUAAACAGUGAUCCCGGUUGGAAAAAUAUUGAAGUUAUUCUGUCUGAUGCAAAUGUGCCUGGUGAAGGAGAACAUAAAAUAAUGGAUUACAUUAGAAGACAACGGUCUAAUCCUGAUCAUGAUGCAAACACUCGUCAUUGUCUAUGUGGAGCAGAUGCUGACUUGAUCAUGUUGGGCUUAGCUACGCAUGAACCCAACUUCACUAUUAUUCGAGAAGAGUUUAAGCCAAAUCAACCAAGGCCCUGUGAAUUAUGUGGUCAAAUAGGUCAUGACAUGAAAGAGUGUACAGGAGGGGCGAAACAGAAACAAGGUGAAUUUGAUGAAUUGGAAAAGCCUCUAGAAAUUGAUACAGAGUUUAUUUUCAUCCGUUUAAAUGUCUUGCGAGAAUAUCUUGCUAAAGAAUUGGCUAUGGAAAACUUACCAUUCCAGUAUGAUUUAGAACGAGCAAUUGAUGAUUGGGUAUUUAUGUGCUUUUUUGUUGGAAAUGAUUUUUUACCUCAUCUCCCAUCUCUAGAAAUCAGAGAAGGAGCCAUUGAUCGUUUGGUUGAUCUUUAUAAAAAGGCAGUAUAUAAAACUGGGGGAUUUGUGACUGACAGUGGACAUGUAGAUCUGAAUAGAGUUCAACUCAUUAUGAAUGAUCUUGGAGAAGCUGAAGAUGAAAUUUUCAAGAGACGGCAAGACAAUGAAUUAUCUUUUCGAGCCCGAGAAAAGGCAAAAAGGAAAAGAAUGAAGAUGAACAGAGAUGACAGGCCAGCUUGGACACCAGGUGGGCAAUUUAGUCCUAGGUCAUUAUCCAGAUCACCAUCACCAGUUCAAAAUGCUAGACAUGAGGCUUAUCAGAUGCGAAUGACUCCAGGUAAUCCACAAGAAACUAGACAACGCUUUGAAUCAAUGUUGAGACCUGCUGACUCUCCAUCAGAGGAUUCCAGAUCAGGUGGUGUCAAAAGAAAGAAUGAAAAUGAAUCAGACCCGGAAUCUGAACCAGAACCUGAAGAUGAUGUUAAGUUAUGGGAAGAUGGUUGGAAGGAAAGAUACUAUGAAGUUAAGUUUAAAGUUGACAGCGAUGAUAUUGACUUCAGACGUAAAGUUGCUCUAGCGUAUGUAGAGGGAUUAUGUUGGGUUUUGAGAUAUUAUUAUCAGGGCUGUGCCUCUUGGAAUUGGUACUUUCCAUAUCAUUAUGCUCCAUUUGCAUCCGAUUUUACUAACAUUGGAGAGCUAAAUAUAAACUGGGACAUUGGAGCACCUGUAAGUUUCAUUACUUUAAUAAAUUUCCAAUAACUAUUUUCUAUCAUGAAUGAAUCUACAUCAGCAUUGCUUUAAAAGAAAAUUAUAAGUUUCUCACCAGAAUCUUCAAUAAUAGAUUUCUACCCGACUGAUUUUAAAAUUGAUCUUAAUGGCAAAAAAUAUGCUUGGCAAGGAGUUGCUCUUUUACCAUUUGUUGAUGAGAAAAGAUUAUUAAGAGCCUUAGAGGCUGUAUACUCAAAACUUACAGAAUAUGAAAUAAAACGGAAUGUGAGGGGCUCAGAUAGACUCUAUAUUCGGAAAGGUCACACAGGUUAUGACUUUUUAGUCUCAUUGUACGAUAUCGGCACAAACUGGAAACUGGAAAUAGACAUAAAUCCAAAACUUUUCUAUGGAAUGGGUGGUAAAGUUAUACAAUCUGAAGAUGUAAUCAAUCCUAGAGAUACAAUUAAGAGUCCUCUACAGGCUUUGCCAGACAUACCAGAAAAUGCAGCAGUGUGUAUCAGUUUCAUCGAUCCACAAUACCCAGAUGGAUUUAUUUUUCCUGCAGAGAGAUUAAAGACAGCUGUUGAUCCUCCAAACGUUUUACAACCAGGCCAAAUGCCUGUAGAGGAUUUUAGAAGUUUGUACAAAAGCAAUCGCAGCUUUAGAAGACCCCAAGUGGGCAUGGCACCAUAUAAUAAAAGAGUUUCUUUAGAUUCUGGUGGUCAUAGAAUGCUAAAUCGUAGUUUAGGGAAUCAAGGUUAUGGAAAUGUUCCACCUCCUGGUGGAUAUGGAAGACAUGAUGGAUACUCUAGGCAUCAUCAACAAUCAAAUUCUUAUCAAGGACGUGGACCAGGACGAUAUGAUUCAAAUCGUGGUCAUAGUUCAAGUCACUCAUCUUACGGACAUAAUAGACCCAGUAGUGGUCCUUAUUGGGGUUCAGCACCACCACCACCACAAGGAGGAAGUGGUGCAGGUCAUUGGGGUCCAAUGCAACCUUCUAUUCCUCCAAGGCCUUAUCCACCUUCACAUAGGCAUGAUGACAGAAGAGAUCGAGACAGAAGGAGCUAUCCUCCCUCAGGAAGAAGUUCCUAUUCAUCCGAUGGACGAUAUUGAAACACAUACUUGUAGGCCUCUCAUUUUUUAGCACACAUCUUAUAUGGACCACAUUGAUCAUGUUCUCCACAAUUUUGUAUGAUAUGUAUUCCAUAAAGUGAAUUGUUGUUUUUUUCUCUGUUACAAAUAUUUUAGCUAUGAAAUAUAAUAAUUUGUAUAGAUUUCUUGUGAGGCUUAUCUUGUAUCAAUGUGAAAAGAUUCAUUAUCUACACAUGUAUUAUUUUGCAUAUUUAACUGACCAUCAGUGUGAGAAACUGUACCAGGUUUUUAAAAUAUGUUGUAAUAAAAAAAUUUGUUCAA